CAGGCUGAUAAGGUGAUUGUGGUGUAUCCUAUAUGAGAUUCAACGAUUCCAUAGACAUUGUUCUCGCAACUUCCUUCUUGCAGGAAUUUGUGGAAGCUAGGCGGACAGGUGGGCUAUAUAAUGCCCCUCCUUGUUCAUGGUCUCUUUCUCCUCCAUCAGAACUGAAAGAAGCACCGGCUCAUGCAUUAUCAGCAAAUGCAGGAUUUGUGACAUUUGUUAUCCUUCCUCGUCAUGUACAAGGCCAGAAAUUGGAUCGUACAGUCUGGAAUUUAUCAACUUUUCACGCAUAUGUUAGCUAUCAUGUUAAGUGCUCUGAAGGAUUUGUGCAUACACGGAUGCGGCGUCGAGUGGAGACCUUGAUUCAGACACUGGAUCGUGCAAAACCAGAUUUUGAGGAUUCCAAGAUAACAUCACAGACCCGAUCCUUCAAACGUCUGAGCCUCAAGGAUUCAAAGUCAAGCAACAACUCAUUUUCAAAAGGUGAAGCUCGAUGAGAAAGCAGCCGUAUGAUUAUUUUAGGUCAAACAAUGAGAAUCCAAGGAAUUGCUGGUACAUUUUUUGAACUAGGGUCUCCAACGUGCCUUUCUGUAAUUUUUUUUUCUGGUAAUGUCCCAACAUUGCAAUUUCAUUUUUCA